AUGGCAAUAAAUCUGGAUGUGCACAAGCUAGUGGUGUUAGGAGAUUCCGAAUUACGCAUUCGACAAAUUCAAGGUGAAUGGGAAACGAGAGAUAUCAAGCUCAUUCCAUACAAACAGUUCGUAGAGGACCUUAUCAAAAGGUUCAAGUCUAUCGAGUUUAGAUAUAUUCCCAGAUCCCAUAAUGAGCUGGCUGAUGCCCUGGCUACCCUAGCUUCCAUGCUCCCGUACCCAGGAAAUACGCAUCUCAACCCAUUAGAGAUACAGAUACGAGAUCAACAUGGUUAUUGCAAUAUAAUUGAUGCAGAACCAGAUAAUGAACCUUG